UCGGUUGUUCACUUUAAAAAAGGAAGAAUAAUCAUUCAUUUGGAGAUCUAGAAAUCCAAAGGGUUCAAAAUAAAUCCAAUUCAUCGCUGCCAUUCUAAGGGAAGGUAGUGCAGUCAGUGUGACUAUUGUUCCCCGGUUCCGUUCUCAGUUUGUGUCUUUGAGCCAGAGUUGACCGUUGGAUUUCAUUCAUGGAUCUUCCUCUGCCUAAACCCUCCUUCAACCCCAACAAGCAUCUCAAAGAAGAAUUCGUAAGCAACUUGACCGGAUCCUCCAUGCUCGAAAUCGCGACGCUUACAGUGUCUAUUCCCAUUCUGGUUCUUAUUCGUCACUCCAUUUCCAUCACUGGUGCCUCACUGAAGAAGAAAAAUGAUGAUGCGCCUUCGGGGAAUAGGAAUUUAAAAUCAUACCUAGCCACAUUGUCUCUGGACUUCCUUGUCAUUGUUGUUCCUAUGCUCUUAUUUUUCACCGUACUUGCAAACUGGACCUAUUUCUUGGCAAGUUUGUUCACUAUCUUAACAUUGCUUUAUAUUGCAGUCAAGAGGUCUGGUGGUUCUUCUCCUUCUUUUGAAGGAGAGUCCAACUCUCUUCGGGCAUAUGUUACUUCAUAUAGGGUUAUUGUGAUGAUUAUAACAUUCUUAUGCAUCUUGGCUGUUGACUUCAGAAUAUUUCCUAGAAGAUAUGCAAAGACUGAAACUUACGGAACUAGUUUGAUGGAUCUUGGGGUUGGAGCAUUUGUUUUGGCAAAUUCACUAGUUUCUCGGCAAGCACGUAAUAUCACAUCGGUAAGCUGGAAGACUGCAAUAGUUUCAACUAGUCCACUGAUCAUCUUAGGAUUUCUUCGUCUUGUUACUACGACUGGUGUGGAUUAUCAGGUACAUGUGGGUGAAUAUGGUGUACAUUGGAAUUUCUUCUUCACACUUGCUGCUGUGUCAAUCCUUACUUCCUUUAUUAAUAUUUCCCCUCAAUAUUCUGGAGUUAUUGGUUCACUUGUACUAUUUAAUUUCUCUUUCCAAGGGUACCAGUUCUGCUUGGUGCAAGGUUUAAAUCAUUACUUGCUUUCUAAUGAAAGAGGAAUGGAUAUCAUAAGUCAAAACAAGGAGGGGAUUUUUAGCAUAUUUGGAUACUGGGGAAUGUACCUUCUUGGUGUUCAUUUGGGAAACUAUCUUAUCUUCGGAAGCCAUUCCUCUGGAUUUAGAAGUAGCAGAUGGGUACGGAUGAGGGUUUGGGUUCUCUCCAUCCUGUUUUGGUUAUUAACUGUGCUUCUAGACAGGCAUGUCGAAAGAAUUUCUCGGAGAACUUGCAAUCUUCCAUAUGUUACUAUGGUAGUGGCUGACAAUCUACAGCUGCUAUCAAUUCUAAUGCUAGCCGAUCUUGUUCCUGGAAGUAAAACUUCAAUACUUGAAGAAGCAUUCAAUCGGAACCUACUGGCUACAUUUCUACUGGCAAAUAUUCUCACUGGGUUGGUAAACUUGUCUGUUGAUACCCUCUCUGCGUCAUCAAUCACUGCCUUUUUUAUCUUGCUUGUCUAUGCUUAUGUUUUAUCAAUUGUAAUUGGUAUUGCAGAUUAUUUUGGUAUUAAAUUAAAAUUUUGGUGAUGCAGUCAAUUGCUAUGCUGCAGUAGUA